CGAACAUGUCAUCUAGUCAAUAGUAUCCACAAACCCCAAAAUCUUAGCAGAGCAUACCUUUUCCUUGAAGGGUUUGGAAGAUGAUAGGGUGGGAAGACGUAUGCAAGGUGGUGGUGGCCAUGACACCACUCUAUGUAGCUCUUGUUUUAGGAUACGGCUCUGUUAAAUGGUGGCGAAUAUUUACUCCCGAACAAUGUGAUGCAAUAAACCGCCUUGUUUGCUAUUUCACAUUGCCUCUCUUCACCUUUGAAUUCACUGCUCACGUCGAUCCUUUCAAGAUGAACUUUCUCUUCAUUGGUGCCGACGGUAUUUCAAAAGUCAUUAUAGUGGCGGUGCUUGCCUUUUGGGCUAAGUUUAGUAGCAAGGGAAGCUAUUGUUGGUCCAUAACAAGCUUCUCUUUGUCUACUUUAACUAAUUCUCUUGUUGUAGGAGUGCCUCUUAUUAAAGCCAUGUAUGGUCCGACGGCUGUAGACUUAGUUGUUCAGUCAUCGGUAGUCCAAGCAAUCAUAUGGUUAACGAUACUAUUGUUCGUGCUAGAAUUCAGACGAAUAGGGACUGACUUCUUCUCGAAUACAACUAUAGGAGAUUCAGGCGUUCCGAAGGAAUCAGGUACAGAUUUGGAAGGAAAUGUCAACAUUGUGACAAGCAGACGGCCAUCUUUCUGGUAUUUGAUGAAGGCUGUAUGGCUAAAACUCGCUAUGAAUCCGAACUCAUAUGCUUCUAUUGUUGGUAUCACUUGGGCAUUUUUAUCUAACAGGUGGCAUUUCCAAAUGCCGAGCAUCAUGGAAGGAUCUAUAUUGAUCAUGUCUAGAGCUGGAACUGGCACUGCCAUGUUCAGUAUGGGGCUUUUCAUGGCGUUGCAAGAGAAUGUAAUUGCGUGUGGAGCUAGUCUAACAGUGUUUGGAAUGGUUUUGAGGUUUAUUGCCGGACCAGCAGCAAUGGCUAUUGGUUCUAUCGCUGUAGGUCUGCAUGGCGAUGUACUACGUGUUGCUAUAAUACAGGCAGCAUUGCCGCAAUCCAUUACGUCCUUCAUAUAUGCCAAAGAAUAUGAGUUGCACGCAGACGUACUUAGCACUGCGGUUAUCUUUGGCAUGAUAGUGUCCCUUCCAGUGUUGGUCGCUUAUUAUGCCAUUUUGGAGUUUUUACAUUGAUCAUCCAUCAUUCUGUGAAGCUCUCCAGAUGUGAGGGGGUGGAUUGUUUGUGCCCCUGUUUUCUUGAUACCAAGCUAGAGAAACUAGAUAAACUUCAAAUGUUACUAAGACCUUAACAUUAAUAUUUGAAAAUGACAUCUUUAUUUUUUUUGCCGCUAGAGGUUGAAGUGUAUUAUUAAAUGACAAUCAUUUUAGUUUGUUUAAUUAAAAUUUAUGGCAAAA